AGAGCUAGGGAUUGCACGAAACCCAGACUUUCUCACUUGCACCCACAUACCGAUACGCCAAGCUCCGCCACCGGUGACACCCAUUCUGUGCGCUACCGAUGACGUCAUCAACAAUACCGAUGUGGACGGGACGCGAGAAGAGUUCAAUUCAUUCGUGGGGUAUAGGCUACUUGUAGAUCAACGAGCUGAAGGAAUCCAACAUGGCAGGACGGGAACGCAAACAAACAGACACGGAUAAAGGAAUUGUGAUCCCAGAUGACUGGCCCGGGUACCCGCUGGAUCUUUUCACCUAUCCCGAGCAUUACUCGGAGGAUCUGGACUGUGUCUACAUCCCACAUGGAGUUAUCAUGGACAGGACCGAGAGACUGGCAAGGAAUAUCUUGGAAGAUCUUGGCGAUCAUGACAUUGUGGUGUUGUGUGUGCUGAAGGGAGGUUUUCAGUUCUGUGCUGACCUGGUGGACUGCAUCAAAGUCCUGUGCCGAAACUCCAACAAGACCCUUCCCAUGAGGGUGGACUUCAUACGUCUCAAGAGCUACCUGAAUGACCAGUCAACUCCAGAUCUCCACAUAGUAGGAGCAGAGAACCUGUCUGUGCUGAAUGGAAAGAACGUCCUGAUUGUGGAGGCCAUCGUGGACACUGGGAAGACCAUGAAGACUCUGCUGGAUCACGUUGAAUCCUUCAAGCCCAAAAUGAUCAAAGUAGCUGGGUUGCUGGUGAAAAGGGUGCCUUGUGGGACAGGUUAUCUGCCAGACUAUGUUGGAUUUGAGAUCUCCAAUCGUUUUGUGGUUGGCUAUGCCUUGGAUUACAAUGAAUACUUUAGAGAUCUCAAUCACAUCUGCGUGAUCAGUGACAGAGGGAAACAGAAAUACAAGAUCUGAAGAUGAUGAUCUCACUCUUGCAUGAGUAUCUGAAUGCUGAUGGAAGGGGUCCAUGGAUCUCACACUGUUCUCAAACGAUCUUCCUUCUUGCCUUCAAUAUGGACCAGUUUAAUUGGCUAAGUUAGAAAUGGAGUACUGGGUUACAACUGACUGAAUACUGCACAGUAUACAUUACAGUAUACAUACUGCAGAAAUAGCAUACUGACACACUACUAUUAGUAUUCUGUAUGUUAUUUAGUCAAUAAAGGGAUAGUUGAACAGAAGUAUUUUGGUUUUGGUGCAACAUGAGGGGGAUUACACUAUAAAAAAGGUUAAAAAAAUAAGUCUGAAACAUGUUUUUCAAUUACUUUAAGCUAUAAUUUAACCAAUUUAAACAUGACGUUAUAUAAGAUUUAACUAGGCAAGAUUUUAAAGUUUACUUUAAAAAAUUUAAGGCAGCAACUUAACUUUUUUUCAC